AUCCUUUCCUUUAUACAACGAGUACUCGAGAUAAUUCCGAAAUAUUUAAUUCACUGGUAACAAUUAACCCACUGAAAUAAAUUCUUUGUAAAAAUGAAGAAAAAAGAAAACCACAACCCUUUCCCGACAUAGCAUAGCAUUGUUAAAUGCAAUUAGAAAGGAAAACUAAUUCGAAACUCAUCGAAACAAAGUUUUUGUCGACUGGAUCAUCAUCCACGCACUUGAGAGCUCCGCCGCUCCCUUUCGAGAUUUGGUCUCGCUUCCCAAAUGUUGAAGGUUGGCUGAGACUCACUGACUCACUGAGAUGCUGAAGAUGAUGAUGCGGAAUAUAGCUGCUUCUUCUUCUUCUUAUUGCACCAGCAGGAGAUGGAGAGGUAUGCCUUGUCUUCACUCUAACUCCACUCUUGUUGUUUUCGCCAACGAUUACUUUGCUUUCCUUCACUCUCAACCUUUUAAACCAAUCAAAUCUACAAGAACCCAACUAGAGCAGCCAGUGAGAAACUCACCCAAAAUCACAACUGUUGAGGAUGCUUUCAAUGUGUUUGAUAGAGUGCUUCAAAUGCGUCCUCGGCCUUCAGUUGUUCGUUUCACUCAAAUAUUGGGUCAAGUUGCGAAAUUGAAACAUUAUCCGGCCGUCAUCAUCUUGUAUAAACAAAUGGGUGUGUCGGGAAUUGGACCUAAUGUUUAUACUCUAAACAUUCUCAUAAAUUGUUAUUGUCAUCUAAACCAAAUGGGGUUUAGUUUAUCUGUAUUGGGAAAUUUCUUCAAAGUUGGUCUUGAACCAGAUGUCUUUACCUUCACCACUCUAAUCAACGGCUUUCUUCUUGAGAAUAGAGUGGCGGAGGCGGCAACCCUUCUCCACAAGAUGAUGAGGGGAGGUAAUUGUCAGCCUAAUGUGGUUACUUAUGGCACGCUAGUAAAGGGCUUUUGCAUGAAAGGUAACAAUAGUGCUGCUAUUCAGUUGCUUAGGAAGAUGGAGGAAGGAGCUUGCAAGCCUGACCUAGUUGUCUAUAGCACAAUCAUCGACAGUCUUUGUAAGGAUACACUAGUUGAUGAUGCAUUGAACCUCUUCUCAGAAAUGAUGAGCAAGGGUAUUGCCCCAGAUGUCAUUACCUAUACAUCCUUGAUUCAUGGAGUUUGCAAAUUAGGCGAGUGGAAAGAAGCUACAAGGUUGUUGAAUGAAAUGGCAAGUAAAAAUAUAUUUCCAGAUGUGUUCACGUUCAGCGUCUUGGUAGACACAAUUUGUAAGGAGGGAAUGGUCGUGGAAGCAGAAGGCGUGGUUGAGAUGAUGAUUGAAAGAGAUAUUGAUCCUGAUUCGGUUACGUACAAUUCACUCAUGGAUGGUUACUGUUUGCGAGGAAGAAUGGACAAAGCGAAAAAGGUUUUUGAACUAAUGCUUAGCAAGGGCUCGAUGGUUAAUGUUGUUAGUUACAGCACAUUGAUAAAUGGAUAUUGUAAGCAUAAAAAGAUUGAUGAGGCCAUGAUGCUUUUUCUGGAUAUGUCUCAUAAGGGGCUAGUUGCAGAUACCGUUACUUAUACCGCUCUUAUGGACGGUUUUUGCAAAGUGGGUAGAAUAGAUGAUGCACAAAAGUUGUUCUCUAAGAUGCAAGCUUGUGGCCAGCUUCCAGAUGCUCAAGCUUUUUCUAUUUUACUGGAUGGCCUGUGUAAAAACCGACAACUUUCUAGGGCAAUGCAAUUGUUUGGAGAGAUGGAAGCGAAGAAGUUGGAUAUUAAUAUUGUGAUUUACAAUAUUCUUAUUGAAGGUUUGUGCAUAGCUGGAAAAAUUGAAUCUGCAAGGGAUCUCUUUUGUGGUUUAUCAUCAAAAGGACUUGAACCUAAUGCGAGGACAUACACUAUAAUGAUUAAUGGACUCUGUAUCGCGGGCCUUACAAGCGAAGCAGAAAAGUUUCUUAUUGAAAUGGAAGUGGAAGGCUGUUCUCCUAAUGGUUGGACCUAUAAUACAAUUAUCCGAGGGUUCAUCCAUAAUAAACAGACAUCAAGGGCGAUGGUACUUAUUCAAACAAUGGUAGAGAAGGGUUUUUCUGCAGAUGCAUCAACAACAGAGUUGAUAGUUAAUUUACUGUCGAAAGAUGAAGUAGAUCCUGCUUUGUUGCCGUUGAUAAAAAAAUCACUGUGAAAUUAAUAUGCAUUUGUGGACAAUGAAAUUUGGAACUGCUGCACCUUCAAUGGCCAUAAAGGUAUUACAGUGGUUGUGCAUAUGGCAGGAGGUGAAAAUGCCUUCUCAUUUGCAUCCUUAAUUUCUGAUGGCAAUUUUGCUUGGGAUUGGAAGUCAUCAUUUCCUUUCUCAUUCGUGACAAUGGACUACUGAAGUGACUGAAUAUGCUCAUCUCCAAUACGAAAGACCUUAGUCCCUCUCAGCACAUGAAAGUCCGGUACUUUCUAAAUGCUACACUUGAGUUUAGCUGCACCGCACGUUUGGUUUUCUCGUUUAGUUGGCCAACCCUUGGUCCUUAUGAAACAUAAGGCCAUUCUCCAACACAUGCUCAUGCUUUCUUGAUAUUAACAGAUAUCAGGUCGGUGUAGUAUUUUCGCAGUGUUUUUCAUGUCUCUUCAUUUCCGGCUGCACAUAAAAAUGUAUACAUAGCAAACGUUUGUUGUUAGGCUUUGACAAGUAUAACCUUGGAAUUGUUCUUGUUUAUGUUCUGUGUGUCUGGCCAAAAUAGACAACUUUGGCGGGCAUUUAUGAUACAUGAUAAUUGAAUCUUUGGAUAUAACAGCUCAUGACAUGAGAUACAGGAUUGGGUUA